AUGAAAAGCGAUUUGGCAUCUUUAUGCGAUGGCGCACGCGACGCUACAUGUCCGCGAAUUUGCGGUCCCGCACUGCAGGGUGAGCCGGUCUGCGCGACGGACGGAUACAUCUAUCCCUCUCUGUGCGAGAUGCGGAAGAAGACUUGUGGAAAGGGAGUCAAACUAGCUCAGGAUCAAGGUUCCUGCUCCAGGGCGCAGGGGUCCAAAUGCGAGCACCGGUGCACGGCCGAACGUGACCCAGUGUGCGGAACAAACGGCAGGACCUAUCUGAACAGAUGCAUGCUGCAGGUUGAAAUAUGCAGAGUGGGCAUCGGUCUGUCCCACCUUGGUGCUUGCAACAACAUCAGUGCCCACCGAGAAAACUGCCCUGUGGACUGCUCCCAGGCGCCUUUGGAUGGGCCGGUUUGCGGUUCCGACGGAAACGUUUACAAGAGCACGUGCCAGAUGAAGCUGCUGACGUGCGGGCAAGGUGUGGUGAGGACAAACAAGAAGCAUUGCCAGACGACCCGCCAUUGCAGGGAGUCGUGCUGGAGGGUUGCCAGACCCACCUGCGGCUCUGACGGAAAGCUAUACGCCAACGCGUGCAGAAUGAAAGCCACCAACUGCGGGAAACACGUGUUCGAAGUACCGAUGGCCUUUUGCGUAUCACAAGAGAGAACCUCCGGUGGUGAAUAUUGCCCGACAGAUUGCUCCGGACAGAAAGAGAAACUCGUCUGUGGGUCCGAUGAGAAUAUUUAUAGGAACGAGUGUGAGAUGAAGAUGCUUAACUGUGGUGUCAACAACAGGAAGGUUGUGAAGAAGGUCGACAUGGAGAAGUGCAAAUCUAAGAUGAACAAGUGUCUCAAAGUCAAAUGCCGUGGUGACUUUGACCCAGUUUGUGGAACUGAUGCCAACGUUUACCCCAACUCCUGUGCCCUUAAGGUUGCUAAUUGCCUCAAAGGAGUACAGUUGGCGCAUUUCGGCAACUGCACACUUUUACCCCGGCUCGAGACUGACUGUCCGGACAACUGCGACAACGCGCUCGAACAACCUGUUUGCGGAUCCGAUGGAAAUGUGUACAAGUCUGAAUGUGAACUGCGUCGGCUGACUUGCGGCCAACACGUGGUGGCGGUGGCGGCGUCCCACUGCCGCACCACGGCGCUCUGCCACGAGCCGUGCCCCGACACGCCCGCCUUCGUCUGCGGCUCGGACAAUCGUUUCUACAAGAAUGAGUGCAUCAUGAAGAAGGAGAACUGCGGUAAGCACGUUUAUGUGGUGCCGCUGAAGAGGUGUCUCUCCCGGUUCCAAUACUCCGGCUGCGCCAGGGUCUGCCCGCCAGAGUACGACCCCGUUUGCGGCACUGACGACAAGACAUACUCCAACAAGUGCUUCCUGGAAAUGGAGAACUGCAGAUCGAGAAGCGUGGUGCAACUGAAAUACUUGGGCACAUGCACGGAACCCAUUGCCGAAGAGCCGAAGAAUUACCUUUAUCGA